UGGUAAAGGUGGAAAUGAUAACGAUAAUAAUGGCCAGCGUGGAAAUGGCGGCAAUAAUAACAAUUGGCAUGCUGAAUGGAAUUUCGAAAAUGGUAACGCUGGCUGUAAGACGUGUCAAGGCAACGGUAACAAUAACGGAAACGAUGAUUGUAAAACUAAAUUGCAAGCUGAAAUAGCGAAAAAUUUGAUGCUACAAAGAGAAAUAGACAGCUUAAAAAAUCUAAUGUCCAAGCAAGAAAACAAGUUAAAUCAAUUGAACGUUCAAUGGAAUACAUGUAACUCGAAUAACAACCAACUUACCAUUGUAGUAAAUCAAUUGAAGCAAACCAACAUCAACUUGGAAUUGAAAGUUCAACAAAGUCAAACCACCAUAAUUAAUUUGACAAAAAAUGUCCAACAGAUGACGAUAGUUAACAAAGGCAACGAAAAUACAUUAAUAGAAUUGAAACAUAACUAUGAUAUUCUUCUUGUCAAAUUUGAAAACUGUCAGAAAAAUGUUGCAGAACUUACAAGCAGUAACACCAAUCUCAAGAAGAAGAAUCAAGAAAUGAACAUUACAAUUAACCAAUUAACAAGUAGUAAUAGCGAGCUAUCGGCUAAGUAUUCGGCUCUACAACAAAGUUCGCAGACCGUACAAUUGAAGCUUUCCAAUUGUGAACGUGAGAAUAAAAUAUUAGAGGAGUCCUUAGCAUUUGAGGUUGAUAAAUAUGAGAAAGACGAGAAAGAUGACGUAUUACGAGAAUUGCGUCUUCAGAAGACUACAUCAGAACUUAAAGAGUGUAAAGUAGAGCUUUCUAGUCUUCAAAAGCUAUACAUUAGCGAACAGGCUAACUCCGCCAAAUGCAUAGACGAAGUGGUGUCCAUUAAAAUUGAACUGAAAACAACCAUAACCAAUUACGAGACCACUAUUUACAACCUUAACAUCACUAUCACCAAGUUAGAGUUCUCGCUUCAAGCUGAAGUGGACAUUAAGAAUACCUACAUCCUUGCAAAUGAGAAGUGCGAGUUAAUCAACAUAGACAACACUAAGAAAGUUGAACUGUUGACACAGGCUCUCAGUGAUGCUGAAUCACAGACCGAAAGCUGUCGCGCUGAUCUUGUUAUUUCCAUUAGCAAUUAUCAAGCAUCGCUAAUUACCAUUGAAAACCAAACGGAACAACUAAAAGGUUGUGGUAGCGUUGCUUCAACGAUUCAACUAGAUCUUGCAGAGUGCGAAGCGAAACUUGACAAUUGCUCGAACGAACUUACUGGCGUCACGAUCCAUUUAACGGAGGUCGAAAAUAAGAAUAUUCAACUUGGAGACGAAAAUCUUGAGCUGGCAGAUUCCUUACAACAGUGUGACGAUGAUCGCUCAUCAUUGCGGUGCACCGCAAACAAGGGUUUUGGGACAAUUCAAGAAUCAGAGAAUGCGAUUCGUCCAAUCCUUAAAAGUUUUAUUGAUACCAUUAAUAAUCUCAAGGCCGACAGAGAAACGUUCGAAACAGUCAAUGAUAUCAGAUGCCCGUAUACUUGAACCACUUCUCAGUUCAACGAUGCUUUUCAUUUUUGGUUUGAUUAAUAAAAUUUUCAUGAAUUGA